GCCGCGCGGGCGGUGCUGGGUGGUGCGGGCCGCGUGCGUCGUCGGGCGUUUUCGCUGCCGGGCCGCAGCCAUGGCCUCGCUGCUCGCCAAGGACGCCUACCUGCAGAGCCUGGCCCGCAGGAUCUGCUGCCAGCCGGGCCCCGAGCCGCCGGGGCGCAAGCGGGCUGGCAAAACUCAAGGCUCAGAAGCUGCUGGGCCCCCAAAAAAGAAAAGGAAGAAAACACAAAAGAAAAUCCGGGACCAGGAAAAGAAGGCUGCUGAUCCCAAGGCUGAGUCCCUGCUGGAGAAGUCUCUAGGGGCUCCUGGGGCUAGAAGGCCAGAGGAAGCCAAAGAGAAGGAGACUUCCAGCUCCAGGGGGGCCCCUGCAGAUGGCCUGGCCACGGCGCCUGGUUCUGUCUUUGCCCUGGAUGUUCUGCGACAGCGACUGCACGAGAAGAUCCAGGAGGCCCGGGGCCAGGGCAGUACCAAGGAGCUGUCCCCCGCUGCUUUGGAGAAAAGACGGCGGAGAAAGCAGGAGCGGGACCGGAAGAAAAGGAAGCGAAAGGAGCUGCGGGCAAAGGAGAAGGCAGCCAAGGCCGAGGAGGCUGCUGAGCCCGUCCCUGUCCCGGAGGUGGCCUGCAAGGAGCCCCCAGAACCCCCAGAGUUGAUCUUCAACAAGGUGGAGGUGGGCGAGGAUGAGCCGGCCAGCAGGGCGCAGCGCAGGAAGGAGAAGAGGCAGAAGGUGAAGGGGAACCUCACGCCGCUGACGGGCAGGAACUACCGGCAGCUGCUGGAGCGUCUGGAGGCGCGGCAGAGCCGGCUGGACGAGCUGCGGGACCAGGACGAGGGGAAGGCGCAGGAGGUGGAGGCCAAGAUGCGGUGGACCAACCUGCUGUACAAGGCGGAGGGUGUGCGGAUCCGCGACGACCCCCGCCUGCUGCAGGAGGCCCUGAAGCGCAAGGAGAAGCGCAGGGCGCAGCGGCAGCGCCGGUGGGAGAAGCGCUCCGCGCACGUGGUGGACAAGAUGCAGCAGCGCCAGGACCGGCGGCGACAGAACCUGCGCAAGAAGAAGGCGGCCCGGGCGGAGCGCCGCCUGCUCAAGGCGCGCAAGAAGGGCCGGAUCCUGCCGCAGGACCUGGAGCGCGCCGGCCUGGCUUGAGCGCCUUCCCGCGGGACGCCUCUCCCUCCCGCGAGGCUGCCGUUGUGUGACGCCAUCGGAUAGCCCUGGCCCGCGGGCUCCACACCAGGUGUGCCCAGUCGAGCUCGUCGCUGAGCUGUUGGGCACCCAGAUCAGGCAGGCCGAAGGGAAAGGUUCCCAUCAAUCACUGGAGAUAGGGCCUAGGCCCGGGCUCACAGGCUGCGGCAGCCGGCGGGGAAGAAAGAACUGUGGAGAGGGUUUGGGGUGAGGCGCCUCAUUGGCCCCUUCCUGCCGGGGCUCGCAGGCUGCGGGACAGGAGAAUGGCCUUUGCUGCCUGUCUUAGUCCAAAGCACCUAGAAGGGGAGCAACCCGGUGAGCUCAUAGCUCAGGAGAAGCUGGUUGCACACUGGGCUGGGACACCAAGGCCUUCUGCCUCCUUGGUUGCCCCGGGGCAGCAUCCUCACUCAGAAUUCACACAACAUAAAUAUGUACGUUCUAAGAUAACCACCAAAGAUAGAAACAGUGUCUACUAAACUAGGAGGAGGAAAAACAAUGCAGUGGGGUGAGCAGAUCUCAAUCUAAAUGAGAGAAGAGAGAAAAAAAUAAAACCUAAAAGCUGACUCGAAUGGAAAUAUAAAGUGGGGUCAUAGAAUUAAAUCCAAAUCUGUAGGCAAUCAAAAUGAAUACAGAUUGACCAAACUCAGUAAAUUUUACUGGUAUGUGAAAAUAAUAAAGCUUGUAAAUAAAAUGA